AUGUUUCCCUUACUACCUAAGGCCCCUAAUGCCUUAUACCUGACCCCCGUUGACUGUCCCCUGCACUGCCCAGCACAGAAACACCGUUUGGGAACACAUCCGUAUGUCUUGCUUGAAGUCCGCAAGCUGAAAUGCAGCCAUCCACGUAUCAACUGUGAAGAAACUGGUGAGGAGAGUAAUGGGGAAGAUCAUGAGGAGAGUGAUUGGGAAUAUAGUGAUGUUGGUGAGGCUAAAGAUGUUGAUAAAUCUACGAGCCAUGAUCACUUGGUCGAAGCUAUUGAUCUGUCUGCGAAGGAGAAGGAGGUUGUUCAAUUUGGCCCACCAAGAGGCCGUUGUCAGGCCAAGUCCGGUUCUAAUCAUCCUGAGCCCAUCACUGAAGAUGUCGAUAAAUCUACAAGCCAUGAUCAGUUGGUCAAAGGUAAUAUUUUGGUUGAAUUGACUUGUCUAAAUAUCAAUAUUUCUGGUCUUGCACCUCCUGAGCAGGAAGAACCUGUUAAUGGGUCUUCACAUUCUACAGGAGAUGCUGUCAUUGAGAAUGCUACCUCACUUCUGAAUGUCAGAUCCCCCUGUUAUGAUACUUUGGGCCCAAUUCUGAAAAAAAGUUGCAAAGUCCUAUUCUCCUGUGCGCACUUUGUCCCAGAACACAAUUAUCAUGUCUAUGUUUUAGAUCAGAAGCAGUGGUCUAUCAUGGGGUGUUACAAUGUUGUAGUUGAGGAUGAUGAGACUGCUGUUUGGGAGGAGGAUGAGACUGGUAAGGUGACACAUAUUCUUCUGGAAAAGGACCACAAGGAGGUGUUUGCCUCUGCAAUCUCCCCAUUGUUCCAUUGGCACUCUACUUCUAUUGGUUCUCACUCAGCAUCUGUUCCUCGUUGA